AUGCGCAUCCCCACUUCAAAUCUCCUGGUGGCUCACCUCCUCGCCGCCACGGCUGGCGCUCGCUGCACCGGGCAAGGCCGGGACAAGUUUGUCUCGGUCGAGGGCGAUAAAUUCAAGCUCGCCGGCAAACCUUUUCAUUUUGCAGGGAGCAACGCCUACUAUUUCCCGUUCAACGGGAAUCAGCAAGACAUCGAAAACGGGUUGACGGCUGCCAAGAAUGCAGGUCUUUCCGUGUUCCGGACUUGGGGUUUCAACGACAAAAACAAGACGUACAUCCCCGAUGGCCUUCCUCAGUACGGAGGGGAAGGUGCUGGCCCAUCGGAUGUCGUCUUCCAGUGGUGGCAUCCCAAUGGCACUUCCACCAUUGACCUGAGCGGAUUUGACAAAGUUGUCAAGGCUGCCGAAAAGACUGGCAUCAAGCUUCUCGUCACGCUGACCAACAACUGGGCUGAUUACGGAGGCAUGGACGUGUACACCGUGAACCUCGGCGGCAAAUACCACGACGAUUUCUACAGGGUGCCAAAGAUCAAGGACGCAUUCAAACGAUACGUCAAAGCACUGGUUACCCGGUACAAGGAUUCACCCGCCGUGUUCGCAUGGGAACUUAGCAACGAGCCCCGGUGCGGAGCCGACGCAGUCCGCAACCUCCCGGCCAGCGACAACUGCUCACCCGAGGUGCUGUCCGCCUGGAUUGCCGAGAUCAGCGCAUAUAUCAAGUCUCUAGACAACAACCAUCUCGUUACUUGGGGAGGUGAGGGCGGCUUCAACCGCGACUCGGAUGACUCGUUUUAUAACGGCUCGGAUGGCGGCGACUUUGACCACGAGUUAACCAUUGACACCAUCGACUUUGGCGUUUUCCAUUCCUACCCAGACUGGUGGAGCAAAACGGUGGAAUGGACGGACCAGUGGGUUCGUGACCAUGCCAGCGCCGGGCGAAAAGCUGGUAAGCCCGUUGUCCACGAGGAGUACGGUUGGUUGACGCCGGAAAAAAGGCUGGAGUACACCGGCAAGAUCGACAAUCGGACGCGGGUUGAGGUGCUGAGCAAAUGGCAAAAGACAACGGUGGAGGAAAAGCUUGCCGGGAGCAUGUACUGGCAGUACGGAUACUCGGAGUAUUCGUAUGGCCGGAACAAUGACGAUGGGUUUACCAUUUACAUUGAGGAUGAGGAGGCGCAGACUCUUGUCUAUGGCCAUGCGGAAGAGAUGAAUGGCUUGAACGUCGAGUAA